AUGGCAUCUGAUACGGAAAUGACUGAAGCCUCUCCCGUGGACACCUUGCCGCAACCUAACGACGGUGGCCGCAUGCAUAUGUCAUCAUUGUCCUCAUCUUCAUCCAUAUCUGACGCCGAAAACGAACGCCGCGGUCGAUCCGAACGUCCCCGAAUGGCGAGUCGCAAACCUAGUGCAUCGAUACUGGUGCCCCGAGACCACCCUGAAAUUGAAAUCGAAGAGGAGGAAUUCCCCCCAGAUGACGCCCGAGCCAUGAGUCCCCGACGAAACUCCGCCGAUUUAGAGCGACUAGGCAAAGAGGCUCGACAGACUCUCCAAGAACAAGCCAAAGCCCUUCAAUCAUCGCUUCAAGCCCUCGCCGAGCGAAUCGAUGCUGUGAAAUCCGAUCAUGACAAGCUGGAACGGGACAACAAGGUUCUACAGGAUUACAUCGGCGGUUUGACUCGCAAUAUGACCAAGAGUGAAAUGACGCGAAGCACAAAGGCACGGAAAGCACAGAAGUAA